AUCUACUUUUAUGUAUGAUAAUUUUACUUCUUAUAACAAAUCGACAUCAAAUUAAUAAAUUCACUAGUUACUAGUACUUAAAAUGCUACAAAGAUUUACGUUCAAGCAAUUACACUCGUAUGAAACCAGGCAAUCCAAAAGACACAGCAUGAUUUUAUGAAGAAUUGAAAUCUCAACACUUAUCAUGCAUAUUAAGUCAUUUUUACGACCCUCCAUGAAAUAACAUGUACAGAAAGUAGUGCUUUUCCAUGUUCUUGCUUCAAUUAUAAACACAAUACAUUCGAAAAUGUGUAUAACGUGUAUCAUACUUAACACUUACACACAUUCAAAAUCUAAGCACCGCAAUCUAGGUAAAAAGUACAUACACAUUUACAAAAGUAUUAAACAUGUCUAUUAAAGAUGACAACAUAAGGCGUACCUUCUGAUAUAUUCUUAAUUAUAACAAAAAAAAACUAUUAUAUGAGAUACCUAAAGCACGAUAUAGGUAGGUAGUUAUUGUAUUAUACCAAGCUAUAAACAUCAAUUUCAAACAAUUAAACUGCUUUAGUUGGAAAAGAAACAAUAAUUACAGUAUUCUCUUGACACAUAAUACAACACCAUUUCAUUAUACUUUACAAUACAAAUGAGGCCACUAAAUAUUACAAAAACAAAGUACAAUGUAGUACAAUGUUAUCUAAUCAUAUACUAAGGUCUAUUGGGACUAAGAGUAGAAUUUUUAAUACUCUUUUAUGUCCUCAUUAUCAGUCAAACACAAAAAGGACACAUCAAAUAUCGAUAAAAUCCAUCUCACAGUGCUAUAAGUUGCAAGAAUUAGUUUUUUUGAG